UAAACACAAGUAGCAUGUUAACAUAAGGUUACAUUCCUUUUGUCCAUGUUUAUUAUAUAUUUCAUUUUGUACCUGAAGCAAAUGUGAUACUGUCUGUAUGCUAACAUAAGGUUGUUAAUUAGUGUUGGCUAAGACUGUAAGGCUUGUUAAUUUAUUUCAGUGUGUAGUGGUGAUUGUGUUGUGUUCUAGCAUGUUUGAAAUUCCAUUAAAUUAAACCCUCUAUGUGUUGGGAGCUACAUAUUAACAUUAGCUAGCUAACUAGCAUUUUGGCUAACCUUGGUGCACGGGCAAUUCGCUUGUUAUUGUUACAUUUUAAAUUGUGUAAGGCAAGCAUUAACUAAUUAAAAUUUUACACUAAUGUUACAUCUUUCACUUCUUUUUGGAUACUUAGCUAUAGAGGUCGUUUUCAGUAAGGUUAUUGUCUUAUUUCAAUUCCGCUGUCUUUGGCGAAUUUACAGUUCCAGUUAUUACAACCAGCAGGCAGUAUAAAGUUGAUAAAGUAUUCAAAAUAUCCAGGAUUCAGUUUGUAAUGUUUUCUUUUAGUAGUUUGAACUUAAGAUGACAGUGUUUGUAUUUGUAGUGAGUUAACUUGAUGUUAACUAAUGAUGGUAUUGACACAAGUUACCUUUUUCCAUUUUGGUUAGCAGACUAUUCAGUAUGUUAAACUAAAGAUGAAUAAAAUACUGACUCCCUAGUGCUAAGUUAGAGCAGACAAACGGUAAAAGUACUAGUAAUUAUUUUAGUUUUGUAUUGAGGAAUAUAUUUCAUGUAGGUGAAAUACUCAUUUAGUACAGGGCUUAAAAACUACAGCCAAAGGGCUGAAACACCUUGUUACACUGAAAAAAGUCACAUACAGUGUAAGAAAUAACAAUGCAAGGCUGUUUUACUGUUAUUUAUGGGACUGUUUUAAUAUUCACAUUUUCUGUUUACAGUAAUUCGAUGAAGAGCACUGAUUAUAAGAAAUUACUGUCUACAGGAAGCAUGCCAGAGGAAUUGUAACCUUUUUCCCUUACUUCAGUGGCCCGUACUUCAAAAAUGGCUAUUGUCUGUACAUGUCACUCUCCAAGGAACAUUAUUAUGAUGGCGAAAGUGGCACUGGGUACUUGGCCUGGAGGAUUAAAGCCAUACAGAGAUGCACUGCUAAAGAGAGGCGAUUAUCAUCUGGAGCACCAGCAGAUGGAUCAUCCAGUGAAGACCAGUGUGGCGGACCAACUGUCAGACGAGAGUUGCAGUUUGUUACAGAGAAGGUGCUGAGUGAGGAUGAGUGCAAGGAUACAAUCUCUCUGAUGAAAAAUUCAGCUGAUGAAGACACAUUCAAGAAGAAGAUGAAGUUGACAUUUGUUUAUCGACACAGCAUGGUCCUUGACCUCCUGCUGUCAAGCAACAUACCGUCUGUUUCUCCAUGUUUCAAAGAUAUCAAAGGCUUGAACGAACAGGAUUUUGUACUGAUGUUUGGUGAGGAUGUAUCAGGCAGGUUGCUGGAGAGGUGGCCAACAACAUUCAAAAGAAAGAUUAUCCAACAAGGCAGAAAGCUUCCUUCUACCAGUGACCUGAAAGAACUCUUGCUGGCAGCUGACUCACCUGAGGAUGCCACAGAAGUUAAUGCUGACAUUGGCUGGGACAGUGACCUCUCAGCAAUUCUAUUGCUAUUACACCUGAUUCCACUAUCUGGUCAGGGUCGGAAGAGACCAGGAAAGGUGUCAGCUUCUCAAGCAGAAAGGGGUCUUGUGGUCUUCAAGAAGACUGGAACAAAUAUCCAAGAGCACCUUGAUGCCAUCACUACCAGCACUCAACCCGACCUCCUGGCUGUUGGGGUGAAAAAGAAUGACAUCCACCAGUUCUUCAUUAUUCUUGACAAGAAUGCCAUACCAUGCAAGUCUACCUCUUCACUUGGUUCUUUUGAUGAACUGUUUAAAGCACAUUUUGUGUUUGGCAUAUCUUACAACACUAUGCUUCACAACAUGUACACGUUCAUUCAAACCACAGGUUUUAGAAAACAUUUAAAUACCAAACACCUUAACUAUUUUGACCAACAGGCUGACACUGAUGUUAAUCUACAGCCCGAAGGUCAAAUAAGAGCACUUUGGAAAUGUGUGCCUCUGCUGUUGCACAGCUCAGGGCAGCUGGAUUAAGCCAAUCUACUGUGAACAGUUUUGUCUCCUCAAUGGAGGAAGUGUUUCUUGAGAUUCAUACUCAGGCUAAAGAUGCAGCCUUACAGAGCGUACCUUUACAGGACACCACAAGUAAAAAUAAAUAUUAUAGUAAUAAAAUAAAGCAUUGGGAGUACUUCAGCCUUGAAAGAUUAGCUUUAGGACCAGGAAAGAUGGUGACACUUGGAAAGCUGGAAGAAGGUCCAGAAAUUGCUUGGAGCUGUGCUGUCUACCAGUUUGUUUUCAGCUAAGUGGAUAAUAACGCACGGUACAGAGUACCGCCCUGACUUUAUCAUCUGUGCAGAUGUAGUGUCUGAGAUUCCGUUUUUUUUGUAAGAUCAAAAAGUAUUGUUGUGAAAGAUGACAUUGUAUUGCUCUGCGGAAAACUGAUGGAAACCCUGUGUUUUGAUGACCAUUAUCAUGCAUUUAGGAACAGACUGCAUCCCAAUGUGGUGCUGAAGGUGUUGAACAUAAAUGAGCUGUGUUGCUUCUUCAAAUGAAGUAUGGCAUUUCAGAUUCCUCCUUGUAUGUCGUUUCAUAUGCCGUUUUAUGCCAAACUAAAUUCAUUGUUUUAAAGUGUUUUAUACACUACAUGAGAUGUUUUUAUAUUUUGAGCCUGACAUAAAAAUAAAGCUGUUAAAUGUAUUAUCUAGUUGUGGUUUUUGCUUAGUUGUUUUAUAUGUAAAAGCAUUAUUAAAAACCAGGUUUCCAUGCUGCAAAACAGUGAAUUGUGUGUAAAGGUAAAACUACAGGAAGAGUUUUAGUAACACUACUUGGUGUAAAAUUAAUUACAAAUUUUACUCUAUGAGAGCUAAUUUUUCACUAGAGAUUAGUGUGUGAAUAACACAGUAUAGAGUAACAUCAACUCCCAUCAGAGUUCUUUGAACCCCCAGUGUUAAUUUCAAAUAACUCAAUUCAGUGUUAAAAAUCAGUGGGAUUUUACUCAAAUAGAGUUAAUUUAUCACUAUGAUAGAGUAAAUAAUAUGACACCACUAGUAGUGUUAAUUUGAUUUAACACUAUGCGGUGUUACUCAGUGUUAAAUUUUUACUCUAUUUAGAGUUAAAUUUACUCUAAAAUUUUAACACUAUAGAAAGAGUUGAUUUAACACCAAUUCCGAAUGGGACCAAAUAGACUCGGAAACAGUGUUAAAUUUAACUCUUUAAGUGUUAGUUUGACACUGCAAAUUUUACUGUGUAGUUAACAUUCUUGUUUUGAUUUAACCAUAUAUCACAUGUAAUCUGCAAUAGGCAAACAUCUACUAUCCCGGGUUUGUUUAUGUUUUGCACUUUUACAGAUUAUAUAACAUGUUGGUUUAUGUCAAUUCCUACAAGUUUGUUAAGUUAACAUGUUAUUUACUUCAACUGUUAAUUUAUAUUGUUUAGAACUUACCUUACC